AUGAACCUGACCUCGCAGCUCCUGGAUCUUAUGCUGGAGGCCUCUAACCUGUCUCGCUGGCAGUUCAUCCAAGAAUACUCUAUCCCACCAUUGGUAUCAGUGCCCAGGCUUCCUGGAGCACUGCAGCCAGUCUUUGGACUGCUUUAUGUGCUCAUAUUUGGACUUGCAGUGGUUGGAAACAGUGCUGUCCUGGUUCUCCUCUGCCGCUGGAAGGCCUUACAGUCUCCUAGCACCUUCUUCAUCUGUUCCCUGGCUCUAAGUGAUCUCCUUAUUGCCAUUGUAUGUGUGCCUGCCACACUGCUCCAGCACUUCUUCACCAACUGGCUUGCAGGGGAUUUUCUGUGCAAACUAGUUCCAUUUCUCCAAGUGACUGCCAUAGCAACCAGCAUCCUAACAAUGACCUGUAUUGCUGUGGAGCGUUUCCAGGGCAUCCUUUAUCCUUUACAUUUCCGCAGUGAGAACUUCCUCUGCCCUGCUUUCAAGAUGCUUGUGGCUGUGUGGUUGGCUGCUCUUGCAAUAGCAGCCCCAAUGUGGUUUGUCCAGAAAGUGGAGGUAAAGUAUGAUUUUCUGUUCGACAUACACCACACCUGUUGCUUGGAGGUUUGGGCAAGUCAGCGACAGAGGCAGGCCUACACAACCUGCCUGUCAGUGCUGGUUUUUCUGGUUCCUUUGCUUACUAUGGGGGUUCUGUAUGGAAAGAUCAUAAGAGAACUGUGGGGGAAGCAUAGAAUUCAUGACGUCAUGUUCCAAACUCUGCCAGGAUCUGAAAUCAAUAAGAUCACAAGGAGGAAGCGGCAUGCUGUUAGGAUGAUGGCCACCGUGGUGCUGCUCUUUGCCGCCUGCUGGGCCCCUUUCCACCUGGUCUCCCUCCUGCUAGACUACGGUCAGCUGGACAUGGAUCUGGAUUCUGAGUUUUUGCUGGUUAGUGUGGUUCAGAUUCUGGGUUUCAGUAAUUCUAUUUGUAACCCACUGGUAUAUGCUGCUCUAAAUGCUAACUUUAAGAGGGAUCUACUGGUGCUGCUGACUCGAUGCAGAGGACCAGGGGGCCGGUGCUUCUGUUGCCAGUGCCCCGGAGGGUUCAGGAGAAGCCGGGCACGUGUUGGGGUCUCUGCUGUUGAAUCCACUGAACCCCGGAGGGGUAUAAUAAAGACAUCUAAACAGGCAGGACUCAACAGGCCGGUGAGCAAAGUAGCAUGGGAGCUCAAACCCAAUGUUGACAAUGUAUUGGAGAGACCCACCGUGAAUUCCUUCCCCACCAUGAAUCUGCUCAAUGCUAUGUGGUUCAAAAAGACCUCCAGCACUGUGGUCCUGAGUGUCACAGACCCUCCACACAUGGACAGCUCCUCUGGCUCUGAACAGCUUCUCACUGGUAGGCCCACAGACUGA